ACUCCCACUCCACCUCCAGUAGGCAAGCCGCCACGUUUCUCCACCAGAAAUGAAAGGAGAGAUCCACAUCUCGACCGCCGCUUCUCCGGCCGGCGACGGCGACACCGUUUCCGGUACGGUGCGCACCUCGCUCCACGACCAACAUGCCGGAGGCGGUCCACGUCACCGAAACUGCCGCCGACGGCGACACCAUUUCCGGUGCGGUGCGCACCUCGCUCCACGGCCAACAGGCCGGAGGCGGUCCACGUCACCGAAACUCCCGCCGACGGCGACACCGUUUCCGCUGCGGUGCGCACCUCGCUCCACGGCAAACAGGCCGGAGGCGGUCCACGUCACUGAAACUCCCGCCGACGGCCGGCGCUGGCUCCGGCGACGUCCUGCCGUGUACGUACGGUGCGCCGACGCCUUGGUCGACGGCCAACGGGCGUCGCUUCCCAGGCCGGUCGACACCAACCUCCCGCCGCCCGGAUCCGGUCACCGGUGGUGCAUGGUCACUUCGUUUCACCCGCGGCCGCGCGGCGCGGGUAUCCUCACCCGUAUCCGGUGACCGUUGGUGUGUAUACCGCCUGUUUUUUUUUCUGAGGGGUGUGCAUACCGCCAAUCGCGCAAUACCAAGCACAUUGGCCCGAUGGGCCGCCCGUUUCGGAUUGCAUCGCGGGCCGUAACACGUCCUGGGCCAGAUCCUUGUGCUGUUGUCUACAAGGGCGGCCCGCUAACGGCUCGAUCCAUCAAAGACCUAGCCGCGGCCGACGCCACUCCUGUCCGCUCCGCUCCGCCCCGCUCCACAGGCCGAGCGCUCGGCGGGGGCGGCGGAACCUCGCCGGCGACGACCUUCGCCCAUCGCUCACCUCUAUCUCAGGGGGUCGUCGGCGGCGGAAGGAGGCGACCCUUUCCGCGUCGUUGCUUGGUUCCCUGCGGCGGAGGGGCCCGCCUCGUUGGUUGGGUCCCAGCGGUGGAGUGAGGCAAGCCAGUCCUCGUCGUUGGUUCGAUCCCGGCGGCGGAGGGGGGCAACCCCGUCCGCCUCGUUGGGUGGUUCCCGGCUGUGGUGGGAGGCAACCCUGUCUGCCUUGUUGGUUGCUUCUUCGUGAGACGUGCCUGCAGCUGCUUCCGGUAGGAGGCAGCAGAGUUACCUGGAGCAGCGUGAGGCCAAAUCCUCCCAAGUGAGCACAUUACUUGAGGAACCUCACUGGCUACUACUGCGACCAUCGGGUAUCACAUCUGAGGUGUUGUUGGUGGCGGCGGCAGAGGGAGACAAACCAGUCCGUGUCCUUGGUCGGUUCCAGGCGGUGGAAGGAAGGAGGCAAUCCUGGGUGCCUUGUAGGUUGCUUCCUCGUGGUGUGGUGCCUGCAGCUUGUUCCUGUUGAAGAGAGACAUCAGAGAUACCUGGUGCAGGGUGCGAUAGUGCGAGGCUGAUCCUCUUAAGCUACCACAAGAAUGUCUACAAGUACAAAACAAGCUGAUCGGGAGCUGAACAAGUUCCUGAAUGCACAACGUGACGCAGAUAUAGCAGCUGCGGCCAAUUCAUUUAGGACAAUUCUGGCUGAGACAGUUCUCAAAACAUUUGACUUUCCGAUAGAGCCAACCGCAGCGGACUUUCGGCGUUUGUUCCAGUUGAGACAUCAGAGAUAUGUCAAUGUUUCUUCUAUGCUUCUUUCCAUUGCCAAAGAGGAUGGCACGUUUGUGAAUGUCCCAGUGACACCUAAAAACCAGACAGAGCCGAAGAAUCAAUCGUUUCACUCAAUAUCGAUCAUAUGUGGUGAUGGAGCAAUUUUGGAGUUUUUGAUACGUGAACACGAUAAUUAUGUUAUCGGUUUUCGCGUUUAUCUCUCCAUCCAAGCUAAAGAUGUAACCCCGUGGAGAACUUUUGGGGAGGAUGUGCCUAGCCGAUUGGGAAAGUCCGACCCAACAAAUUAUAACUCUAGCCAUGUUAAACUUGGAAAGGUUCAAUUUGGUAAAGGGAUACUCGGGAGAAUCUUCAAUUUUUUUAAAGAUCUGCAACUCCAUCCUAACCGGGAAAUCACAGAUGAUGGGCAGCGAUUUGUUUGCACGGUGUUCAUCUUGUUUGGUGAAGCACAGAGGUUUACCAAGGCAAGGCAAUGGGUCAUUGAUGCUACGGACAGGGAUAUUGCGCAGACACCCAAUGCUCCAUUAAUUAAGCUCUUCAAUGAUUGGAAGGGGUUGUCGAAAACCGGAAUGAAGCUGUAUGUUGCUCUAUGGGAGGAAAGGAACCUGCUUUUCAAGUACAAAGAUCGAUAUGAGAAGCAGGCUGGCUACAUUAAUCCAUAUGAACAUGUUGUCAAGCUGGCGAACGAAGCAUGUGCAAGUAAAGAGCGGGAGCAUCGCAGAGCGAACUUGUGCUUCCGGCAAAGGCCCACUGCAGAGAUUGAUUUGUCAUUAUUGCUUGGAGGGGAAAUUCUGUUGGUGAAGCAUGAUGAAGAAUUCGGUUGCAAGGCAUUAAUCCGGGAGGGCGGCCAAUUUGAUGCUCCAUGGCCAGAAGAAGCAACAUGGGAGUGAGGGGCUGCAAUCUGAAACCCUGGUAACUGAAUAUGUGUAGUGCUCAAUCGAAAUCCUUGUAAGAAGUCCUUGAGUUUUUUGUGUUGGGCCUCGGGUGUGAAUUUUGGUGCAUUGUGUGUAACUGGUAGCUCUCCCAUUGGGUUUGUUAGCAGUGCACCAUGGCCAAAAGAAGCAAACAUGGGACUGAGUUACCGUAACUGAAUAUGUGUAUAACUAUGGCCAAAAGAAGCAAACAUGGGAGUGAGUUACCGUAACUGAAUAUGUGUAUAACUGGUUGCGCUCAAUCCAAAUCCCUGUACACACCCUCUGAGCUUUUUGUCUUGGGUGUGGGUGUGAAUUUUGGUGCUCUCCCUCUGAGUUUGUUAACUGAAAUGCAUUGCGUCUUUUGUC